AUGCGAUACCUGUUCCUGUACUCCCGCUGCCCGUCAAGGUCUCGGAUACCCGACUGUCAAGGCACUGCGGCUUCCCUGCGGUCUCUGGGCGCAGCGUCAUCAAACCCGUCCCUGAUGCCGAACCACGAGUCUAUCGAACUUGCUCAAGAACAGGACCCCGAGCAGGCCUCGGUACCAGUGAAGAGGAAAUGGCCCGUCGAGCCGAACUGA